CGACGCGCGCGGAGGAGGCGGGGCCGCGCCUGCGCAGGCCGCCUAUUAUGGCGGCCGCCUGAGCCCGGGGUUGAGAAGGCUCAGCCGGACUCCGUCCUGGUACUCGCGGCGGGUGCUCCUGUCCCAUGAUUCCCGUGGAGCCCGGCCAUGGUAGCUGGCCCCCACCCUGGCCAUGGACGAGGUCACCUUCAAAAGUGACACUGUGCUGUCAGACGUCCACCUCUACACCCCGAACCACAGACACCUCAUGGUGCGGCUGAACGGCAUGGGGCAGCCUGUUUUCCUGUCCCAGUUCAAGCUUCUGUGGAACCGAGACUCUCAGACAGACUCAGGGGCCGAGGGUGAUGGUCGUGGCGCUCUUCUUGCCGAGGAGACGCCGCCAUCCGGGCCGGGCAGUGCCAGGCCCCCUCCGGGGAGUGGCCACAGUGAUGCCACCAGCCAGGUGGGGCUGGGAACUCGGCUGGACGAAGACGGGGAUUUGGACGUGGAGAGGAGACCACCGACUGCUUCGGACCCCGAGCCAGCAGGGCCUCCGAGAGACAAGGUACAUCCCACGAUUCUAACGCAGGAGGAAGAGGACCCACUGGCAGAUGGAGCACGAGAGAGCAGCCCCCGGGAUAUCGUCAGAAUAGUGGCCCUUUCUCUUUUGGUCUCCAUCCUGUCCAGAGCACACCAUGGCCACCCCCCUGGAGGAUGUUGGCAAGCAGGUGUGGCGGGGCGCCCUGCUCCUGGCAGACUACAUCCUCUUUCAGCGGGACCUCUUCCAGGGCCGCACCGUGCUGGAGCUCGGGGCGGGCACGGGGCUGGCCAGCAUCAUCGCAGCCACCGUGGCACGCACGGUAUAUUGUACAGUUGUCCGUUGCACCGUGGUGAGCACGUUUGUGCCCCGUUGUCUCAUAGUCCUCAGGCUGGACUCGUAGAAGCAGAUGUCGGCACAGAUCUCCUGGCCAUGUGCCAGCGAAAUAUUGCCCUCAACGGCCACCUGACUGCCGCUGGAGGCGGUGUGGUUAAGGUCAAAGAACUGGACUGGCUCCGCGACGACCUGUGCACAGAUCCGGAGGUCCCCUUCAGCUGGUCGCAGGAAGAUGUCUCUGACCUGUACAGCCACACCACCAUCCUGCUUGCGGCCGAAGUGUUUUACGACGAUGACCUAACCGACGCUCUGUUUAAAACCCUGUCCCGCCUCGCUCACAAGCUGCAGAACGCCUGCACGGCCAUUCUGUCUGUGGAGAAGCGGCUGAACUUCACACUCAGACACCUGGACGUCACAUGCGAGGCGUACGACCACUUCCGCUCCUGGCUGCGGCGGCUGGAGGGGCUCGCUGACGGCCGGCUGCACUUCGCGGUGGAGCGGGUGGAGGCCUCCUUCCCGCAGCUCCUGGUUUACGAGCGCAUCCAGCAGCUGGUAGGUGCGGGCUGUCACUGCCGUGCGCGACGCCGCGGACCCAGGGCCCCCACACGCAGGCACCACACCCCGGUGCUGCCGGGGCAUCGUGAGGGGCCACCGUGUCUGCACGUGGGUCUGCGGGCCGUCUGUCGCCCUGGACUUACAGGGUGCUCUUUCCCUGCGGGCAGUUCCUGCUGCGGAGGAAGUGGGCCAAGCACAGGAGGCAGCUGGGGUGCAGGAAGUCCGCCGGGGGGCACGUGGUGGGGUGCUCGAUGCAGGAGCCCCAGUGCUGGAGGCCACACCUUCGCCAUGCACAUGGGCUGGCCUCCCAGACUGGGCAGGCUUGUCUAAUGGCCAGUGGCCCUUCCGACCAGGCCCACUGGGUCCAUCAGACUAGGCCUCUGAGGAAGCCUCCCAGUAGCGGUACACGGGUCGGGUACCGGGCCGAGCUCCUUCCUCCCCGGCCUCAGCUGAUGCCGAGACCAGGUAAGU